AUGGACAAUUCGGCGCCCUCACGCGCCGAGGAUUCGACAGCCUCCCAGAUGUCCAGCACCUUCAUCUACCGCCGCUGGCAACAACAGUCGAUCCCAAACACGCCCAUGAUCGACAGCAAACCGCUCAUCCUCAGAGCUACCCCAUCAAUGCCACCCACCAACGGCUCAUCACCCCUCCUUCGCCUCCCCACCGAGCUGCGCCUCCAGAUCUACCGCUACCUCACCAUCAACCACCCAGGCCGCCUGACCAAGCCCAACGCCGUCUCCAGACCUUUCAUCAACCUCCUGCAAAUCUGCCAGCGGAUGCGCGCGGAAAUCCUGGAUGAUUGCUUCGCAGACCGGACCUUCGUGGUUGAAGCUUCGCUUUACAAGCAACCAGCUGGCGGACUCUGCGUCCUGCCGCAGAACCUGCUGCCGUCGGGGUGGGUGAAGCGGCUGCUGAUCCUGACGGUCGUGGAGAGCGGCGGUAAGUGCAAAGGUAUUGCGGACCUGCGUUCGCUGCAGCAGAUGACGGGGUUGAAGGACUUUCGGAUCGUUUUCACCAGGAGAGACUUAUGCGCGCUUGUGCCUCUUUACCUCCGUGGAAAGUACGUGAGAUGUUCGCACAGCGAUGUCGCAGAGAAACGGCUGGACGAUCCGACUGAGGCGGUGUUUGAGUGCGUUCUGAAGUCUGCGAAAAUUGAAGUCGACAUGGGCAGCAGGGUGAAGGAUGAGCUACUAGCUGCUUUAAGAGAAGGCAUCCGGUAUCUGUUCGCCGAUGAAGACUCAGAGGAGGAUGAUGGAACCAGGCAGGUGGAUAUGAAGAAGAUUCGAGAGAAGCAAGGGCACUUGUCCGGCAGCGAGGUGGAUCACUCGCGGUGCUCGUUUGCAGACUGUGAUGAGGGUCUUCACUGUGUCAACUCGAGGUGUGGUAGAUGGUACGACGCUUUGGACGAGUAA